UGGUCAUUAAAUCUCACAAAACCCUGGCAAGUCAAGAAAAAGAACCGCUGAGGAGCAAUCAAGCUUGAGAGGGCUCUCUUUGUGGUCAGGCAAAUUUUUUGUGCAGAAGUUGCCUAUUGGCAGACAUAUAUCAUUUUCACACAACAUCUUUUAAAGUUUUAACACACAAUUCAGUCAAUGAAGGAUGCAACUGUUUCAUUUUGAUUCCGAAUCAAACAUGCCCUUAAUGCUAUUUUAAUAUCACAUUGCCACUGCCACGAGAGUUGUGGUCAUAAACAUAUAAAUUAGUAGCUUGCCAAAGUGAAUGGCUUCGAAUACCUGUCAGUUCAGCUUAGCCGACCUCUUUUUAGUGACAAAUUAUUGAUUGGACCGAGUCUACCACCUUAGUGGUAGAUCGGACCAAUAAUUGACUGCCAUAUCAUCCACCUGGGCGUGGUCCACGCAAUGAUUUCUCCGGUCAAUGUCCAUUCUCCCUCCCUUUCCCGAAAACUCAGCCCCAACACUAGCCCGAACCUUAACCCUAAACCCGCCCUUCUAUCUCUUCCUCCUCCGCCGCUGCCCGCCACCACGCAGCCACUGCCGCCACCACCUCUCUCGAUGAUCGGCCGCUCCUCUCUAGGCGGUAAGCGGUGCCUCCGUUAGCUCAUCAGCCCGUCUAGGUCUCCUCGACGACCGGCCGCUCUCUUGGUGUGGAUCCUCCGGCAAGCAUGAGGCGGGCGUCUAGGUCUCCUAAAGCUUGGCGACGGCCUCGAGGAUCUGAGUCUGAAAGGUGGUGAACAGGGUGAGGUUGUCCUUGGUAGAGGAGAGGGUGUUGGUCCCAGAGGCAGAGGCGGAAGGAAGGAAGGAGAGGAGGGAGCUAUCUGGGCAUAGGGAAGUGAGGGAAGGAGGGAGAGGAGGGCAGAGGAGGCGUGGUGGCGGUGGCGAGCUGGUGGUGGGCGGCGGCGGAGAGGAUGACAAAGGAGGAUGCCUUUUCGGACUAUGAGAAAGAGAGGAGAGGGGGGGCGGAGGAUGCCGAUAGAUCCGCUCGGGAUCGGGUGGAGAGGAGGGCGACACACGAAGGAACGCUGACAAAGGAAUGGGGAGAUUGGCUGCUGAUGUAUCUUUUCCUUAAAAUAUAAUAAAUUGUGCUUUCUGAUCGGUCCGGUCUAUCGAUGAGGUGGUCCGGUCCAACUAAAAAUGAGUCCCCGAGGAGUUGAACUGGUUCCCUUUCUCAUCUCCCCACCAGCGCUGGCCGUCCGUUAGACCAGUCUCCCACCCCACCGACCUGCUCCGGUCUUCAGCACCGCGGCCCGCCUAAUCUCCUAUUCUCUCCCUCCUUUUUAUUAGGUAAAAUUAAACCAUCAACAAACCCCUGGUAACUGAAAACAGGGUCGACUCCUGAAGACAUCUAUCUUCUUUUGAGACACUGCGAAUCGAAUCAAAUCGGAUCGGAAUGGAGGACUCGACCCAAGAAUCCCCUGCGACGGCGACGGCGACGGCGACGGCGAACACGUACACCUUCGAUUCCCCCCACCCGGUAUACGCCAUGGCCUUCUCCUCCCUCCCGGCCCCCACCCCCCCGCUCCUCGCCCUCGGCUCCUUCAUCGAGGGCUACGCCAACCGCGUCGAUGUCGUCACCCUCGACGAGGACGCCCGCUCCUUGCGCCCCGAACCCUCCCUCUCCUUCGACCACCCCUACCCCCCCACCAAGCUCAUGUUCCAUCCCAGGCCCCUCCCCAACUCCUCCACCUCCCUCCUCGCCUCUUCCGCCGAAUUCCUCCGCCUCUGGCAGGUCAACUCGUCGUCGGUCGUCGUCCGCAGCAUCCUCAGCAACAGCAAGUCGAGCGACUUCUGCGCCCCGCUCACCUCCUUCGACUGGAACGACGCGGAGCCCCGCCGCAUCGUCACCUCCUCGAUUGACACCACCUGCACUGUCUGGGACAUCGAGCGCGGCGUCAUCGAGACCCAGCUCAUCGCCCAUGACAAGGAGGUCUAUGACAUCGCCUGGGGCGAGGCCGGCGUCUUCGCCUCCGUCUCCGCCGACGGCUCCGUCCGAAUCUUCGACCUCCGCGACAAGGAGCACUCCACCAUCGUCUACGAGAGCCCCCGCCCGGACACCCCGCUCCUCCGCCUCGCCUGGAACAAGGCUGACUUCCGCUACAUGGCUACCAUCCUUAUGGACAGCAACCGCGUCGUCAUCAUCGACAUCCGAUCCCCCGCGGCGCCCGUCGCCGAGCUGCAGCGCCACCGCGCCAGCGUCAAUGCGGUCGCUUGGGCGCCGCAGGCAGCCAGGCACAUCUGCUCCGCGGGGGACGACGGGCAGGCGCUCAUAUGGGAAGUGCCGGCCGCCGGGGCUACGGUGGCGCCGGACGGGAUUGAUCCGGCACUGUGUUACACCGCGGGGGCGGAGAUCAACCAGCUGCAGUGGUCGGCAGUGCACCCGGACUGGAUCGGGAUAGCGUUCGCCAACAAGGUGCAGCUGCUGAGGGUCUGAGGAGUUUUUAUGAACGAGGAUGUUGCUUAUUUCAUCUAGAUCUCGCAUUAAAGAAUUGUUCCUAGUGAAAAUAUUUACUUGCUGUGUUGCUUGGGUGAACCCAAUAGUUCGAUUUCGUAACAUCAAGCUCAAAACGCUCAAUGAAUUAAAUCAAUUGAGAUUUCAGCAGCUAAUUGCAUUAUCCAUCCUGCAAAAUGAAAAACCACUGGAGGAUGAGAAAAAUGAGAGGACAAAUACCAAAAAGUAGUACCAGAACCUAUGCAGCAGGUUUUUGAAAGAGGCUGGGAAUCAGUUUUGCUGGGAUUGGUCAAAACUGAUCAAAACUCUGAUACUUCUGAAACUAAGUGAUGAAAGGUGGAUUUCCUUGCAGCUGUUUCUUCUAAUGUGGGCUUAUUCACCAACAAAGAAUGAGGACUUCUUUUCAUACUUCAAUUAGUUCAUGCUUCAACAUAUUCCAACGGCUCCUCUUAACCAAAAUUCUUCUGGCAUUGCAUAAUUUGUUUUAUCUUGCUUAAUUUAGACCUUUUAAAAUUGGAUAUAUUGCUGUCAUCUCAGAUUUGUAAGACAGUCUCAAAUUGCGAAAAAAAGAAAGAGGUUUGAUGUCUUAAUCUACAAGGGUCUCCUCAAUGCUAUGUUCCUUGAGAAAAACAGGGUCCAUUUAAGAAAUUGGUGGGAAUGGUUGUUGCAGGACCAGCUUGCUAUUCCUUUUUCAUCCCAGCAUUUGUGCCAUAAGACUGGCUGAUGGCAUAUCCUUCUGAAGAUAAAUACAAUGUGGUUCUAGUUGUCUUUUAGAGUUAAAGAAAAGGGGAACAAAUUAUGUGACAUAUCUGAGUUCUUUUGGACUUAUGGAGAUGGCUUACAUUAUAUAUCAGGUCUUGCAUCACAUCCUUAUCAUAGAUAGGCUGAAGCAAGUACCAGAAAAUUGUUAGAUGACCCAAUCAUUUAUGCAUAAGGAGUUAUUGGGCUUACUUUUUAGAUGCA